AUGGUGGCUUGCAGUAGAGCUUUACACCUUCUAGGAGAGUACGAAGCAGCAGUAGAGAGAGAGGAGCCGACACAGGCCAACACGGAAGCUGCUACUAGCAGUUGGCAACCUCCAAGGAGAACCCAGUAUAAGGUAAACACUGAUGCGGCGAUUAAAGAAGAUAAGAUCAGCUUUGGCAUGGUGGUCAGAGAUGUUGUUGGGGAUGUUUUGAUGUCUGCAGGUACGAGUCGUAUAACCUCGUGCACGGCUCUCCAAGCUGAGGCAGAGGCUAUGCGUUUUGGCCUUAAGUACUCCUAUGAUACUGGUUUUCGUAGUGUCGAAGCGGAAUCUGACUGCCUUCAUCUUGUGGAACUACUAUGCUCGAGAAAACGGGAAAGAUCCUACACACAAGUGAUAGUAGAUGACAUUUUGGUUAUGGCUAGUAACUUUGCUUUUUGUUCUUUUAAUUUUGCUAAGAGAUCUUGUAAUUCGGUGGCCCAUUCCAUCGCCAAAUCUUCCUUCUCUCUAACUGAAGAGAUGGUGUGGAUGGAAGAUCACCCCAUGGAUGUUCUUCCCCUUGUCAUAGCAGACAAGGCUUUCCUCUAUCAAUAA